ACCACUACACCACCCCCGACAACCACUACACCUCCUCCAACAACCACUACAGCACCACCAACAACAACCACUGAAUAUUGUGUCCCUGUUUGUUACUGGACUGAUUAUAUGAAUGGAUGGUCACCAAAUCCGAAUGAUGACGAGCGGUUUUAUGAGCUCCGUAUGAAGUUUGAUUUCUGUGCUGAGCCAAGUGCUAUUAUGUGCCGGGAUGCCAAUGCCCCCGGUGUACCCUUCACAACUGGUCCAGGCCUCACAUGUGACGUAACUGACGGAUUGUACUGCCAAGCUGAUUUACGACCUUACAGCUUAUGUAAGGAUUAUGAGCUGAAGGUUAAAUGCUGCGUGCUUCCACCUCAUUGUGUUACAACCCUACGACCAACUACAAGACCACCCACGACUACUACACCACCUCCAACAACCACUACUGCACCUCCAACAACCACUACACCACCUCCAACAACCACUACAGCACCUCCAACAACCACUACAGCACCACCCACGACUACUACAGCACCACCCACGACUACUACAGCACCACCCACAACCACUACAGCUCCGCCUACAACUACUACAGCACCACCUACAACCACUACUCCACAACCAACAACAACAACACCCGUUCCUACAACUACCACAAGCUAUUGUCCCGAUGUCUGCAGUGUCGCUACUCUGCCACCUCUGGCGAUUAUAGCACUAUUCAAGAUUCUCGGGUAUUAUCCAACAGAAAUACCCGUUGGGAUGACAUUUACAGUUGAAAACUGUAAAACAUACACCUGCACUGACUGUGGUGUGAUCAUUGUUGACAACCCUGAGUGUCCACCUAUAAUUAGCGGUCUCUGUGCCAAUGGCAAGGUUCCGCUGUAUUUCAGCGACGGGUGCUGCGUGCACUAUGCUUGUGGAUGCGAAUGCAUCGGUUGGGGAGACCCUCACUACAUGGGGAUGGAUGGAGGCUAUUUCCCCUUCCAAGGUUUAGGCGAUUUUAUCCUUUCCCAGUCGACGGCAGAUGACCUCUUCCGCGUUAUUGCCACCAACGUGGACUGUGCAGAGCUACCAAAUGCAAACUUCUUCUACCACAACAGUCCCUAUGGUCCAAACGAUAUAGUGACCUGCACUGCUGCCAUAACCCUUGAACACGGAGGGCACACAUUCAGGGUUGAUCGUUACCUUCAGGUCUUUAUUGACGGAGCACCGACAGGAUAUGGUACAUUCAAUGUAGGUGGGGUAAAAGCCAUCAGACAGUUUGGAAAUCCCAACGUCGUGUUCUACAUCGAGGCGCAUGGCAUUUUUGUUCAAUUCAGCAAUCUUGGAUACAAGGUCACGAUCAGAAUAGAGCCUGGAGACCUUGCGGCAUAUGGCAUAGAGGGUCUUUGUGGGACUUGCAACAACAAUCAGUCCGACGAUUGUCUCGAGAUCAACCCAGAGGAGUGCGCCUGUGAGUACCUGAUAGAGAACGGCUUGGCUACCAUUGAAGACUGCAUCGAGACCUCACCACCUCCACCGAAUGAAAACUGCACAGACCUUGUGGAUGUUUGUGAUGAAUACCUCAGCGCAAACCCCACACUGAAUUCGCUCCUGGAGGAGUGCUUCAAGUUCGUGGAUCCGGAGAGCUUCCGUCGGGCCUGUCGGUAUGACGUGGCCCAUUGCAUAUCGGAGUGCGAGUCCAUCGAAGCGUUCGUCACCACCUGUUUUGAAGAGUCCAGACGCCAGGAUGAGCCUAUAUGCAUAGAUUGGCGUAUAGAAUUGCCGCAUUGCUCAUUGAACUGCUCUGAAAGCCUGAUAGAGAAGUCCUGUGCAUGUGAGCGAACCUGCGAGAAUCCUGAAGGUUACUGCGAUGAUGAAGACAUGAUUCAAGAUGGCUGCUUCUGCCCAGACGGAUUUGUGCUGGACAACGACCAGUGUGUUCCUGAAGCGGACUGCUUGCACUGUGUGGACGACCAAGGCAACAUUGUACCGAUCAACUCUACCUGGGUCCCCGGCGGUGACAGUUGCCAGAUCUGUACUUGCCGUGGUCCCAACUACUUCACUUGUGAGCACGUGUACUGUGAACCUGUAGAGCAGCCCGUCUGCGAAGGUUACUGUAAAGUCAUGAGGAAUGUGGCCAACUUCGACCCUUGCUGUCCAGAGUACGAGUGCGUCUGUGAUAUACCCUGCGAACAUCCGGAUGUACCGGUGUGCGGCUAUGGGUAUGUGCCGAUCAACGUGCAGGAUCCAGAUGACUGCGCACCUGACUAUGAUUGCGUGUGCGACGUGUCUACUUGUGACCCGAACAUCCCUGAGUGUAAUCAGUUCGAGGAGUUGACUAUCACUGAAACUGACUGUUGCAACAUCUACAGCUGCGUGUGUGUCGACUGCCCGCCACUGCCAGAUAUAACAUGCGAGGAUGGUUACGAAAUAAUUGAAGUGCCUUUCAACUUUGGAUGUAACUGCACUACUCUUGAAUGUGAGCCACUACCGGACUACUGCAUCUAUAUAGACACGGACUUCGUGGACUACCUGAAUUCGCUGGGAAUCCCUCUACCUGACGACGUUUCGACGGAACAAACAUUCUACUUGCCUGGUGACACCUGGAAUGCAGCCUUUGAAUGCUUGGUAUGCGAGUGUCUGGAGACGGUGGUGGAAGAAAACCAUUCGCACGGUGGUUCUCUACAUGAAAUCGAAUGUCAACCUACUCAGAUUUGCGAUGAAUCAUGUCCAUUGCCGUGUAUGGAGUACCAGCCCAGCACAAUACCAGGGCAAUGCUGCGGUAUGUGCGUUCGUGUCCCUUGCUGUGUAGUAAAUCCCGAUGGCUCGGAAACCUUCCAUCAAGUAAAUGAGACGUACGGGCUGCCCGACGACAAUUGCACCGUCUGUCAGUGCUAUGAAAUGCCGGCACCGCCCUUCGGUAUGCCUAUGGUGAUGGACCGCUGUGAACCACACAUCUGUAUUCCUCAAGAUGAGAUUCCAUAUUUCUGCUACCACGAGCCAUACAGCAUUGAAACCUACUAUGAAGGUGGACCUGAGGGAUUGUGCUGUGAAAGGCAGAGAUGCACAAUACGAGCAUCACCAGCAGAGGAAGUGUGCCAACCGCACAACUUUACCGAUAAACUCCACUACGACGAGGAAGGAUACGACUGUGAGAGUGAAGAAGAAGUCCUGCAUACCUACUGUGAGGGCCAGUGUACCUCCCAAGCCACCGUGCACACCACUGAGCCAUUCUGCCCAGAGGGCUGGCACUCAGAAGACGGUAUCAGCUGCUACAAGAUCAUACACGAGGAACGUGAUUAUCUAGGAGCGAAGGACAAGUGCGACGAGUUAGGCGGACGGCUUGCAAGCUUUUCAAAUGACGAAAAGGAGGCAUAUCUGCGGGAACUCUUGGCAAAUUAUACAGGCACUAUGGAUCUGUGGGUGGGUCUGGUGUUGGACCAUUCAACAUACUACUGGACGUGGACUGACGGAAUGGAAACUGACCUUGACACGGAUUGGUCGACAAACCCGCCCAUGGGAGACUGCGGUGCGACCACGCCUUCUGGAUACUUCGACAAAAAGUUUUGCGACGGGGCCAUGCCAUUUAUCUGCGAACGUGCGCCAAGUACUAUCGUGCGGGACCUGUGUCGCUGCUGUACUGUCAGUCAGUAUGAAGAGCAGCACGUGGCGAUGACCUGUGCGACCGGGCACAGCUUCUACUUCACCCACCGCAUCAUCACCGACUGCAUCUGCGAGGAGCAUUUCUGUGAGGAUGAGGACUAUCACGUCAUAGAAGGUUAAAAGGUAUACCUUUAACGGACUGAUAUAACGAUAUACGGCCAUGGAAUAUAACCCAACGGACUAAUAUAACGAGAUACGGCCAUGGACUGAUAUUAAAACGAGAUACGAACAUGAGAUAACCCUUCGGACUGAUAUGAGAUACGACCAUGGACUGAUAUUACAAAAAUUACGACCAUGGAAUAACCCAACGGACUGAUAUAAUGAGAUACGACCAUGGACUAUAACCCAACGGACUGAUAUAACGAUAUACGGCCAUGGACUGAUAUUAAAACGAGAUACGACCAUGGAAUAACCCAACGGACUGAUAUUUCGGGAUACGACCAACGCGGAACCCCCAACGGACGACCAACGAUUAUCGGAAAACAUGCUGAAUGACAGGACUGUUGGAUUAGAUCUACAAAACUGAAUCUCAAGUGUUUCUAUUAAACUCAUUAUCUUGGCAUUUUCUGUCUUUAGAUAUAUAUACAUUGCUGUUUUUCUUCUUCAGUAAUGCAUAACUCUGACACUCUCUUAUGUUUGGUUCCAAUUAUGGCUAGAACCUCAAUGUCUGGUCGACUCAUAUCACAUUUGUUCCAAAAGAUAUCACUUGAGAUACCGAAUGGCUCGGUCGAAAGACUUCAUGUCGUCAGCAUGUUGCAUUUCAUUGUUUUUUGUAGUUGCCUAGAUUGAGAUGCCUUUAGUCGUAGGAGUGUGACAUGAGAUUGAAGAAAUAAACACAUUGGUCGGAAGGUUGCAGAAGAAUACCACCAUAUGCAUAGAAAAUGAUAACAUCAAGUCUUAUGCAAAGCAACUGAGGAGUGUUUGUACUGAACUUGGAAAAAUCUUGAUGGAUGUAAUUAAGCGAUUGAGCAUGGACACCACUCAAAGAUACGAUAGUUAGCUGCAAACAUUUGCUUUAUUCUCCAUACUUAGAAAAUGUACGUACACCAAAAAAAAAUCUGGAAUAAAACUAUGUGAAA